AUGAACCACUCGCUUUACAGUGUCGUCAUCCUUAUGUGUCCUGGAAGCUGGAACGGCUGUCCAGGGGCCCUGUCUGAAAUCUCCUUGGGAAAGACGGUGACCUUCGGCUCCGAGGCCCCCGACUCCCUGUCCUUGGUCUGCUCCAGGACACACCCUGUGGCUGCCGCCACUCCCUCCCCUUUCCUAUCAAAUGGCACCUGA